AUGGACAAGAAAAAAUACCCGAUCGGAGCGGAGCACUAUGUGCUGUAUGAGGAGAUUGGGCAAGGUGGUAACGCCUAUGUUUACAGGGCCAAGUGUCUCGACAACAAUGAGGUUGUGGCUAUCAAAGUUCUCGAUUUUGAACAAGGAAACUGCGAUUUGAACAACGUGUCACGGGAGUCUCAGAUAAUGAUGCUGGUUGAUCAUCCAAAUGUUCUUAAAUCACACUGCUCCUUUGUAAAUGACCAUAACUUAUGGGUUGUUAUGCCUUUUAUGGCUGGUGGCUCUUGUCUUCAUAUGUUGAAGGCUUUUCAUCCUGAGGGAUUUGAAGAAGUUGUUAUUGCAACUAUACUGCGUGAGACAUUAAAGGCAUUGGAGUAUCUUCAUCAUCAUGGCCACAUUCAUCGAGAUGUCAAAGCUGGGAACAUUCUUAUCAGUGACCAAGGUGCAAUCAAGCUGGGUGAUUUUGGUGUUUCAGCUUGCUUAUUUGAUUCAGGUGACAGACAACGUGUUAGGAAUACUUUUGUUGGGACACCAUGCUGGAUGGCCCCUGAGGUUAUGGAGCAAUUACAUGGAUAUGACUUCAAGGCUGAUAUAUGGUCUUUUGGUAUAACAGCUCUGGAGCUUGCUCAUGGGCAUGCUCCUUUCUCUAAAUAUCCCCCAAUGAAGGUUUUGCUAAUGACCUUGCAAAAUGCACCCCCUGGUUUUGAUUAUGAGAGGGACAAUAAGUUUUCCAAGUCUUUUAAGCAGAUGACUGCAAGUUGUCUAGUCAAAGAUCCUUCAAAGCGCCCUUCUGCAAAGAAGCUUUUGAAGCAUUAUUUUUUCAAACAAGCGAGAUCAAAUGAUUUUAUAGUACGUAAGCUUCUAGAAGGCCUCCCAACAAUUGGUGAUCGUCUUCAAGCACUAAAGCAAAAGGAGGAAGAUAUGCUUGCUCAAAAGGAAAUUCCAGAUGGGCAGAAAGAAGAAAUGUCACAGAACGAAUACAAAAGAGGGAUCAGUGGAUGGAACUUUGACCUUGAAGAUGUCAAGGCACAAGCUUCCUUGCUCCAAGAUGAGGACUCUGUAGCUGAGAAAUAUCAGUUGGGAAGCAUGAAUUCCUUCCCCGGGACUGGUCUUAAUGAAAGAAAGCUUCAGCAUCAGUUGUCAUCCUUGAGUGAAGCUUCAGAAAGUGCAGAAAUUGAUCCAUCUGCGCUGGCUCCUUUAUCCAUAAAAUGCGAGAAAUCUGAAGAUGAGUUAAGCGUUGGUUCUAACAGCGGACAAAUGGUUUCAGCAAAUUCUUCUCCUCGUGCUGAUAAUUCCAGUGAGUUCGAUCGCAUUACUUCUCAUUCUCACCAGAGGGCAGCUUCAUGGGAUAGUGAGAAGCUGCAAGGUCAAUUCUCUAGAGUCCCUAGUUGCAAUGGAGCAGCAAGUGGUGAUGAACAUGAUGACAAAGCAAAAGGUCAUCGUGUCCAACAAAGAGGCCGUUUUAAGGUUACUUCCGAGAGUAUCGACUUUGACAAGGCAGCAGCAGCCCCACCCCCCAUAAUGCAGAAGAGUCAUAGCAUGCAGGUAAUACCCCAAAAUCCCAUUGGUCAUCAGAACAAUCUUCCUAUGCCUGCCCUCCAGUUUGUCUUACAGACGAAUACUCUUCAAAGGGAUUGCAUAUUGAGUCUAAUGAAGGCAAACUCCGCUGGUGAUUCUAACUUUAAUAUAGAUGGAGGAUGCCCAUCUGCAAACUUUCCCAUACUAGAAAAACCCACGCUCGAUGCAAGCAGCAAUAGGGAAAAGGAUUUACUUAAUGAAAUAACUUAUUUACAAUGGAGGCUCGCAUGUGCACAAGAGGAGCUCCAGAAAUGCCGAAUUGAGAAUCCCCAGGUCUGAAUUUUAUUAUACCUUAAAGUCAAAACCGGAAGAUGUUACCCCAAAGAUAGUUGGCGGAAUAAAAAUGUCAAGUUUAGGUGCAU